CAACCUGCAUAUGGGCCUCAAGUUUCCCAUUCACCCUUUCGUGCUGAACAUCCUUGCUUAUUAUCGCAUUGUCCCCAGCCAGUUUGCCCCAGUGGCUUACCUCUUCCUGGCUGGGUUCAUGGCCCGUUGCAUGCAUCUGCGGAUUCUGUUGAACACAAAGCUUUUUCGGCACUUCUUCUAUGCAGCCCGAACUGGCGUCUCCUUUGCUAAGGGCUUCAUCGCACUUUCUCUGAGGCCGGGUUAUCACUUGUUCGAGGGUCCACCCUUUCCCAGCCUUGAUCCAAAUUGGGAGAAAAAAUGGGUGUGGGUGACCCUGACAAACGGUAAGCUCCUAUUCGUUAAUAAAUGGGUGAAGUUUAUUCGUCGAUGGGAUCUGUCCCUCCUUAAUCAGGGAACUGAGUAUGCCGCUGGUCUCCUCGACAUGGGGUCGCCUUAUCGGUUGGACCAUUAUCUUGGUGAUGACGGGAAGGUGGUGUUUACUUUGUCCCCAGGGGGAGGAGCAUUAGCCUGAUCAGGGGCUUCCAGGGAAUGGUGUUGAUUCCUACCAAGCUGGUUGCCGACCUCUAGCUUAUCCCGACGAGGAAUACUGGGAAGAGGCUGGCAUUUCAAGCCGUUUCCUUGCCUGCGGAAGAGAGGAGCUCUACUGAUGUCGUCCGGAAGUUGACCGUUUUGCCAGGUGGCGUUUAGAGGGACGCCUCGCCACCUGUUUUGUAAAUGCUACUUUAUUCUUAUUUGCCUUGACAAACAUCUUUCCCAGGCCUGCGUGCCUGUAAUGUUUUCCG